UUAUAAAGAGAAACUGAAAUGACAGAAUAUCAAAUUUUAAUACUCGUAUAAAUUAGUGAGAUGGAAAUCCGGCUUUUGCACGUUUGUUUAGUUUAGGUAAUUCUCUCAAAUUUAUAAGCUUGCUGGAACAUUAAUGCACGGAUAGGUAUCUGAUUCCGGGAAGGGACUACAGAUCGGGUAGCUAUUAACGUCAGAAAUUAAACAAAAGCAUGCAGUGGUCGGGAGAAAGGAGACCAAUUCAAUCUGCCCGCAGCUUAAUGAAAAGAUAUAUCAUUAAUAUAUGUUCAUGCCGGGUCAUUAUUUAUAUUCAUCAUCAUAUUUGCAGAUUCAACUAGCUAGCUAGGCAAAUAAGGUCGGUCAUACAUGGAUUGGCCGCAAAAGUCAAGUUUGAUUACUCUCUUUAUACUAACGUCUCUGUAUGCUAUUGCUGCAUUUUCUACUACUGCUCUCUCAGACGGGAUAUCGGGUUCUCGGUAUGCCACUGGAAGAAGCCUCCUUCAGAUCCCCAAAGAAUGCCCUAUUAGCUUCGAGUUUAAGAACUAUACAAUCAUUAGCAGCCAAUGCAAAGGUCCAAAUUACCCAGCAAAGCAAUGUUGUGACGCUUUUGUGGAGUUUGCGUGUCCGUUUGUGCAAUAUUUGAAUAACUUUACAGAGUGUUCAAAAUCCAUGUUUGACUACCUCAACCUCAAGGCUCAUUACCCAACUGGGCUUUUCUCAAGUUUGUGCAAAGGAGAUAAAGAAGGGCUGCCUUGCUUGGCAACACCACUUUUAUCAUCACCUCCAAAGUCUGAUCUUGAUGAUUUAAGUAGCAGCUGCCUUUCGAAAUGUAGCAAGAGUACAGCAGCAUGGAUACUGCUGUUAUUGCCAAUAUUCAUCUGAUUCAGGCUCUGUAUGUGUUUUGAUUUAGGGACAUAUAUACAUAAUACAUUGCAUUAUGCAUCUCAAAUCUGGUUGUUUCUGAUUUGGUAGACCUCUAAGUUUUUACUUUUUAUUAGCUCAUCACUUCAUCAGGCAAAUGAACCAAAAUCUUGUUUUCCC